CUCCCUAUGAAUUUCAGGCAUGCGGUUAAGCUGAUUUAUACUUCUGUUGUUUUUCAGGCAUCCUUGGCGAAACCCAAUACAUGUAUAUGUUAUAAAGAACCGUUUAUAUAUAUCCACGUGUUUGUGUUAUUUGUUAAACACCUUUCGUUCGCGUGAUUGCGUGAGUAUACCCAUAGCGUGAUUACCCAUAUCCUGUGGUCGAGGUAGACGCACGACAUCGCUUCACUGCUUGCAAGAGGAAUACAGAGGAACCUUGGUUACUGGUGAUUAUAUAAGAGUCGAUUUCCGAAUUCCGUAUAGACCAAUUCCUUGCAGAAUACUAUAGUGCAUUUGCUUUCAGAGUUAUAUACAGAAGUAGAACAACGGUUUAAAGAUAUACAUCGCAGGGAAACAGCUACUAGCCAGCCUUAACGCCUCAUCUUAUCGCAGAAUUUCAGAGGACAUACAAGCAUUUGCUAAGAAGAUCAACAUUUAUAUACUAUAGUAUAGCACUUGAAAGAUAAUCUUCUGUCAAAUCUGAAAUAACCUACAGCCAGACUGGAACUUGUGACAUAUACUGUAUACGAUACUGGUCGCAGAACAGAGGUAUACAUGCACAAAACUAGACUUUGGUAACACUCCCAGUACGUGAUAAAAAGAAUACCAAAAGGAGAAAUUGACUGGAAUAGCUGACUUCAAAUCCAAGUCAAAGGUUACAUAUAUAGCCAGGUAUAUUGACAUAUCAAAGGUAUAUAUAUAUAUUGAUAAAUCAAGUUGAACUUUAAAAAAAUCGACAAUUAAAAAAGGUGCUGAAAAUUCCUCAAGAGAGAAAAGCUGCUGAAGUUUUCAAGAGUUUCGAGUUCAACCAACCAUCAAAAUACUAUCACAAUACCAUCAACCAUGGCAAUUUCUAUUAUCGUUCAAAAACUUCGCGAAUUCGUUCUAUUUCUACAAUUAUGCCUUAUUUUUGUGAUCGGCAAUACCCUACUCCGUUUGUCCUUCGCAAAGAGGAUCACCGUGGCGAUCAUGCACAAGGCCGCCGGGGUCACAUUGCCUGAACAUAUGUACUGGAAUUCUCUGUUUACACAAGCUAUGAUGAAAGCCCUCUGGGACCACCACAGAUUGGACAUGAGAAGAACUGCACGGUAUGGUGAAAAAGCUCCUGAUCCACUCCUUGUUGAUCCCAGCACAGGGGAAGAGAAGCAGUUAUUAAAAGCCGUUGAUGUCCAGAGAUUACAAGUACUGGCUUUCGGCAGUUAUUCCUGUCCCGUGUUUCGAUUGAAGUUCAAGGAACUGCAGUCAUUAGCAAAGGAGUUUCACAGUGUGGCUGAUUUCUCCGUGAUAUAUAUUAAUGAGGCACACCCAUCUGACGGCUGGGCGUUUAAGGUAAGAUUUUAUACUCAUCUUAAGGGGUAGACCGUUGGAAAAGUGAGGAGGGGGCGGCAUUUUCAGCUUUUCGGCCGUUUGCCUGUGCUGGUAUUUUUGCACAGUGGUUGCUACAUGUGCCUGUCUCUUUUUUAGUUGGGGUUUGAUUCUGAAAAUACGUAGUUGUGUGAUUAUAAUUUCACCUCAAUCCCAUGUGAGAAGACUGUGCUUCCAGUUUGACUCUACCAAACGCUGCACGCUUUCUUGGAGUUGGCCUUAGCAGGAACAAUUUACAACUGACAGAACUAUCCAGUGACAGUAAAGUUAGCUUAUUGUAGUUUUAGUUUAUUUAUACUGGAUACCUCUAUCGUUUCUAGAGAGUAUAAAGACCGUUCGAUAGUUCUUAAACUAUCAAUUCUCAAAUUAAACUUUCAAUCUUUUAUCUUUUGACAGGACGAAAUUGAGAUAGCAAAACAUCAAAGUAUUGAAGAUCGUCUGGAUGCAGCACAGAAAUUCUCUUCUGUCUAUUGCUCGCACACUUCCAUACGAAUGUUUGCAGACUCCAUGAAGAACGAAGCUAGCACGAUGUACGGUGUCAACGCUAUCCGCUUGUACGUGCUAUAUAAUGAGACCGUGGUAUACGAGGGGGGCGUUGGACCUACCUAUUACAACCUCGAUGAAGUGAGACAGGCGAUUGGGAACAGAAAUUCAUCGUAUGUUGUGGUAUGAUGUGUCUUGUCGUGUGGGCAAGAGAUCUACACGUGUAUACCACUAUACUCCCUAUAUACUCCUCGUUAUCCUAACGACUGAAUGACACAACAGAAUCAGUCAGAUGCGUGAAAACGCUAUGAACUUAAUGUACAUUAUUAUACAGAAUCCUUUUCCGGCUGAUAAUUUCAUAGGUCUCCCGAAAAUUACAUAAUGAGACAACGCUAUUGUGAUGUUGCACGUACUUCAUGUAAUACAAAUUAUAGAGGUUUUACUGUACAUUGAAGCAUUGCAUGUCAAAGCAAACUGUAUGGAUUUAUUUUAAAUAAAAGACCUUUUCGGGAGACCUAUGAUAAUUUCAGCAAAAAUAAAACAAAAGUUAUUCCGAAUAAGGAGUGCAUAAUAUUAACACACAAUUUAUUAAAACUGUAUAUUUCGAAUCUAAAUCUGAUUCAUCUUCAGCAGUGUUUUGCAAGAUAUGUCGUUAUAUUACAAGCGUGAGCAAUUUUACAAGAUAUGUCGUUAUAUUGCUGAUAUGUCGCUAGCUUGUUUAAAAUUGCUCACGCUUGUAAUAUAACGACAUAUCUUGCAAAACACUGCUGAAGAUGAAUCAGAUUUAGAUUCGAAAUAUACAGUUUUAAUAAAUUGCGUGUUAAUAUUAUGCACUCCUUAUUCGGAAUAACUUUUGCUUUACAGUUUUAUACAUUCUACAUAUCUCAGUCAUAUCUGAAGUAUAGGUGGGUUUCACUUAAGACUUAUACAAUAGGGGAACACUUGGUGAUCAAUUUUACACAUAUUGCCGUUUAUGCCUUGUGGAAGCAAGUACAUUUCGUUAAAUUACAUAUAUUUGAUACCAAACACAAGAUCAAUACUUGUAAUGAAUAUUGAACUCGAUCCAGUAAAUGUGUUGCCAUUUGAAAUUGACCACCAAGCUCUAAACGUAUCACCUGACUGAAACCCAGCUAUAGUCACAUACAUACAAAGACCUGUAAAGCAUACAGCUAUUUCAAUUAAGGUUGUCCCCCGAGCAAAACGGAAAAGUCAAAUAUGAGCGCGAAAGGCUGCUGCGAAUCGCUAAUAAAUUCGUUCAUUUAUUAGCGAUUCCCAGCAGCCUUUCGCGCUCGUAUUCGACUUUUCCACUUUGCUCGGGGGACAACCUUAAUUGAAAUAGCUGUAUAUCUAGGCAGAUCUUAUGUAAUACAUAUUUAACUUUGAGAGAACCAUUGGGAAUAGAGAAUGGGCGUGGCAUGUACCCAAAAAGUGUAUGCUUCAUAAGUUAUAGCUAUCGAUAUAAUACUAUUCCCAUGGUAAGAAUUUUGAAAACAAUUUCCAGUAUAUAGAGACCCUCUCUUUAUACCAGAACAGCGAGAACACUGUAAUCUCAAAUUGUAUACAAUACACGAGCAGUUUAGAACUGUUCGUGAAUAAGAUUGGAUUAUAUAGCCGUCUGUGUUCAAACAGGCAAUCAAUAAUUUUUUAUGCAUGUUAGAAACAUCAAAAAUGUGCAGAACUGUAUUAUACUGUUAAAUAUCGUAUAAGAUAAUGUGAAUAAAGAC